GCGUCCCGGUUAUGAGCCCGCCCGCCUGCCGGUGCCGGGGUCUGCGGGGCGCAGAUCCGAGAUGGCGGCGGCCGAGGUGGAGUACGAGUCCGUGCUGUGUGUGAAGCCCGAUGUCAACGUCUACCGGAUCCCGCCGCGGGCCUCCAACCGCGGCUACCGGGCAUCUGACUGGAAACUGGACCAUCCAGACUGGACAGGGCGGCUCCGCAUCACUUCUAAAGGCAAAACAGCAUAUAUAAAGCUAGAAGAUAAAGUCUCAGGGGAGUUGUUUGCUCAGGCUCCCAUAGACCAGUAUCCUGGCAUUGCUGUGGAAACAGUGACCGAUUCCAGCCGAUACUUUGUCAUACGGAUUCAGGAUGGGACUGGGCGAAGUGCGUUCAUUGGCAUCGGCUUCACAGAUCGGGGAGAUGCUUUUGACUUCAAUGUCUCCCUGCAGGAUCACUUCAAGUGGGUGAAACAGGAGUCUGAAAUCUCCAAGGAGUCCCAGGAAGCAGAUACACGCCCCAAGCUGGACCUGGGGUUCAAAGAAGGACAGACCAUCAAGCUGAGCAUUGGGAACAUGACCAAAAAGGGAGGGCCACCCAAGCCACGUGUGGCUGGAUCAGGGGGGCUUAGUCUACUCCCUCCCCCUCCAGGGGGCAAAAUCACAGCUCCUCCCGUCCCUCCCCCUUCCUCAACAGCCAUUUCCAACCAUGUCACACCACCACCAGUGCUGAAAUCCAGUAAUGUGAGCAGUGCAGAUAUUCUGUUAGAUUUGGACUCUCCUGCAUCAGUUUCUAAGGCACCAGCACCUUCAGCUGUUCCAGCCACCACAGACCUCUGGGGGGACUUCAGCACUGCAGCCAGCACUGUUUCCAGCCAAGCCCCUCAGCAGUCCAACUGGGUCCAGUUCUGAAUGGCCAGUGUUGCAGAGUUGAAGCAGGCUGAUUUUUUUUUGACCAUGAGGAGCUGGAAGCACCAAGUGAAUGGGAAGGGGUCCAGACCUCUUGAGUCUUCAAUCAAAAAAAAAAAAAAACAAUUCCAGACAAUCCUAUUUUCCAUCCUCCCCUCCCUGCUACCUGUUUUUUUUAAAGUUUCCGUUUCAAUCAAAAUGGACGUCUGGCUCCUCAAAGAUCACCAAGCCCUGAGGGACCAUCUCUAAAUUGUGCACAAAAGCAAGAGGGAGGGAGGAGUUGGUGUCCUCUCACCUGUCUGAGUGCUGCAUGCUAUCGCUUGUGGGGUAAUGGAUGUGUCAUUUGGAUUUUUCUGUUCUUCAGCUCCCCCAGCUUGGGCCAGCUCCUCUGCCCCAGAAAUCUACAGCACUGACCAAGUCACUGCAGCUUGGCUUUAAGUGUGGCAGGCUCUGGAGUAUAGCACACUUGUGGGUUUGGCCAGCUGCAGCCUUCAAAUGGUAAUGGCCCAAGACCAGCACUUUGUCUACUUCUCUGUCCUGUAGAAUGGGGUUUUUAAUAGGGAGCUAGCUGUAUCCCCUCCUGCUCCUGCACUGUUCGCUCUCCUUUGACAUGUAGGUAUUGUUCUAGAUGGGCAUCCAUAUCUCUUUAUGAAAGGACAUGUCAUGCUUAGCUCCAUGUCCUGGCCUGCCCCUUGCAUGCCACAGCCCCAGAUCUCUUGUGUCCUCACAAUGUUCUCUUGUUCAGCUUGUGUGAGGUUCUCUUGAGUUUGAUGUCCAUGCCUUCCCUUGUGCCCCCGUCAAACUCUGCCAUCCUUGUCCUCCCACUGGAAUCCUUAAAAAGCCAUUGAGCUGUUUUAACUGGAAAUAUCCUUAAAGGAAAGAGAUGCUGUCUUUUCAGACUGGAGCAGCUUCUCUCAUGCUGUAGCCAGUUGCUGGACAUUUCCCAUCUCUGUCAGCACAGUGCCUUCCUGUACACACCACCCCUCCUGCUGCAUGUGUCUUGGGAGGCAUCUGAAUCUGGCAGAGCUAGUUGAGAGAUGAAAUCAGGAUGCAGUAUAGUUCCCUGUGUCACCUAUGUGCCUCCUGCUGUGGUACAUGCCCUCUCUCCCUCCUGACCCCCUACCCUUAUAAAUGCUCAGUAUAGGGAGGGUUUAAUUGCCGAAUAGAUACUUUCAGAGCUGCAUCUCUUCUCUCCUGCCCCUCCCUGAAAAUGUGAUUUUUCUUUUUUUCUUUUAAAUGUUUCUGCUUAAUGGACUCAGUUGCUGUGCCUGUGUUUUAAUGUGCCCUGGAUCGCCUCCCUCCCCAACCUUGUCCCUCCAGUUUUUCAGUGGGGUAUGCAAUCUGAGGCGGAUAGCUCUUGAAUGUUCUUCCUUGCUCUUGAGGUGAGGUUCCUUGAGUCCCUUGUAUUGCUGUCUUUCCCCCCAGUCUCCAUCCCCUAGUUGCAUGAGUAGGCGUAGUAGCCUGCCUGCUACUACAGGCAUCUUGAUGGGGCAGUGCAGCCCUUAGUGCUUGCCUCCACAAUGUCCAUGUUAGUGAAGUCCCUGUAGGUGAUGACCCCCUUGCUAGAACACUAGACUUGUACUGUGCAGGGAGACACCUCCCUGUUCCUAACACUCAUAGAUAACACUUAUGCAUUCUGGAAGCAUGUCCAACUG